AAGCUCUUUAACUUCCUUGUUGCCAGAUGGGAUGAGAGAAGUGUCCUGCACUGCAAAUGGCCUCUUGUUCAACAUUUAUUGCUUGCUAGUCUGGAGUCAGCUUUGGUGGAUGAGGAAGGUUGGUGACUCUAAGAUGUUUGAGAGAAUCAAGCGAUCUGAUGAAGCUUCUGCUUCUUCAGCACAAGGAAUCCAAAGACAUGGUGUUGAGGGCUCUCCACGACAAGACAGCAGUAGCAGUUUACACAGAAGAGGGCAAGAACAUCCUCAGCCUGGAGCAUCCCCUGCGCAAAAUAGACAAGGAUACUGCAACUGUUGCCAUGUACACUACAGUAAUCUGGAACAGCAUAUUUUCAGCUCCCAGCACAGACAUUUUACAACAUACUGUAGGAAUCGUAUGGGUACCAGUAGCUUGAUGGAGCGUUUCCUUCAAGAUGUUUUACAGCAUCAUCCCCACAGAUACCAUGACAGCAGACCAACCUAUGAUGACAUGCCACUUCCCAUCACUUUGGAGGCUCCUAGAAUUUCUCGCCUGUCCUCGGAAGAGAUGCAGAAAAAAAGGAACAGUGAGAAACAGGAGAAUUCCAGCAAAGACCAGGAAUCCAUUCGUGAAAUAGGCUCUUCUGUUCCAUGCCUGUCUUGUGAGAGCACAAAGAAAAUUUCUGUUACACAAGGAGGUUUUCAAAAACUUCAAAGAGGCCGGGAACAUGUUCCAGGAAUAUCCCAGCAGUCUACUGGCAUUUGUAGUGAUAAGAAGUGGGUAACUCUGAAAAAUGCUCGAAUUGCAAAUCAUAGCCAUGAAGGUCAGUUUACAGCUGUGAGCACUGUACCUCAGCAGUUUUCUCUCAGUCCUACAAGCCACAGUUCCUCUGUUAAUCCUAAAACAGGAAAAGAUGUUAGGGAUUUGGCAGCAUCAAAUCUGUUUCCGCGUAGCAGAUGUGAUGAAAGAGCAAUGGAGGUCUGCAAUAGCGAUGUGUUACUGAAUCCACGCUUGAAUCCUGCUCCAGCACUGGGUCACCCAAAACGCCCUUCAGUUUCUCAUCAGAAUCCUACACGCAGCCACAGUAAUUCUUCCUUUAUUACCUCAGGUCAAUCUCUCUCAAAGCGAGAUAGUUUACGAACUCAGGAUGAAACUUUGGUGUCUGAUCUCCGUCUCAGGGAUACUGUGGGUAUCAGCAGCUCCCUAGAUCUUGGGACAUCCCCACAACUAGCAAGAUGCAAAAAUGCAAAGACAGUCAGAGGUGAUGAAAGUUCAGUGGAUGCAACUAUUGAAGAUGUAAUUUUGAAAUACUGCCAUGAAACUACAUCUGAAGAAAUUGAUUUCAAAGAAGAGAAUAAUCCCAGUGUACCUUUUUCAUCACUUCUGGACCAUACUAAUUUAGAGGGCUCUGAAAUGAGUUUUGACUGUGAUGCACCGAUACAGGUAGGAACAGAUUUACCCAAGGCAGCUAUAAAAGAUAUAGAAUUCCUGAAAGAGGUCCAAGUAUGUUUGCAGGAUAAAGACUAUGGAACACAGCUCUCUUCUGUUUUAAAAACUGAGUCAUUAGAGAAAACAGAAGCAGUGAAAAAGGAUGUUGUAGUUCAUACUGAAGAACCAGUUCUUCCAGCCCUGCCUCACGUGCCUCCUUCUUUUGUGGGAAAAACUUGGUCUCAAAUAAUGUAUGAAGAUGAUAUAAAAAUUGAAGAACUUGUGCGUGAUUUCAGGGAAGGUCGUUUUCGCUGCUAUUUUAACAGUGAAUCCUCAGCCAAAUGUACAGGGAAGAGAACGAAGAAAAAAAAGCAGAAGGAUGAAAAAAGGAUCGAUAUUAUUGAGGGUAAUAGAACAGAAAGUGCACCAGUUAAAGUGUUGCCAGAAUUUAAUGAUGCUUUAAGUGGUGGCUCUGAUUUUGAUAACCCAUCUUUAGCCUCAGAUACACUAUGCAACCAACAAAUUGUAAAAAUGCCUAGGAAAAGGACAUGGCGCCUGGCUUCAAGGUGUCAGGUGGUUAAAGUCAGCCAUGGCACCCAAACAAGUCUGCUGAACUACCCUGUAGCAAAAAGGAAAAUGUCUAGAAGAGAAUCUGAUCCAGCUGAUCAGAAAGCAAGCAUUGCGUGGCUGGAGAAUGAAAAAACUCCAAACAUGAAAACUAGACUAUGUGCCCUUAAACUUCCAGAGUCCUAUAGCAAGAUCAUGAGUCCUAUACAGCCCAAGACAGUGGUGUAUGUGCUCUCAUGCCCAGAGGUAAAACAGUGCAAAGGUAAACCUAUAGAUAUUCCCAAAAUGAGGAAAAAUCAUCACUCCACAGAUAGCAAGGACUCUGUAAAGUAUAAAUACAAACAGUGUUCUCUCAAAUAUUAUGACCCACUGACAAAUCGAAUUCUGAAAACUCCUCCAAAGAGUACAGUUGGAGAGAAGGCCAAAAAGCCCUCUCAUGUCCGACAGCUUUUCAGAAGUCUCAGCUUUGAUGCAAACAUGAAGAAACUAGCUGAUACACAGAGAGAAAGCACACCAUCAAAGUCACUCAAUUGGUCAGAUUUUUGUAGUUCUUCAGCAUCUUUCCUGCCAGAUCGAGAUAAAGGGAAUGAUGCAGCCUCAAGUCAAAAGGCAGAUGGACCUUCUGUUUCCACAGAAAGAACAGAUUGUCUUGCGUCUGAGAACUCUUUUAAACACCUAAUCAUUUCACCUUUGAAUUCUGUGAUAGAAGGUGAUUAUAGAUUAAUUCCAUUUAAUAGAAUUACCAAAACUCCUCUGACCUCCAUCAGGAGCGAGUGGUUAGAGAGGGAGACUCCAAAAGCACUAUGGAAGAGAAAAGAAGGCACUAAUAAAGAACCAGUUUUUCCCAGAAAGGCUGCAGGAUCUAAGUCUGUCAGAUGUACUAUUGGGAGGAGAGGAAACAGAGUAACCACAAGCAAACAAACGUCCCGAUCUAAAAAACAGCGGAAAGAGGGGAUGAGAAGACAACUUCAGCCUUGUGCCCAUAAAUCUGCUUUCUCCAUCCAUAGGUGCCAGACAAGAAAAACUACAGUGGGAAAGCACCCUAAGAAAGAAAAGCCUGAUGCUAAAAAAUUAAAGGUGAGGAGGAAACCAAAAAGGGCUUUUCUGAACUCAACAGUUGUAACAGGGAUUCCUGAAAAAAGGCGGAAAGUCGCAUCAGAAUCUUUUCCCAAGAAACCAGAGCAAGCUUCCUCCAAAGUCAGGAACUGGGAACCAGCACCUGGAAGAAGGAAGGGGAAAAGAAGGAGGUCAUAGACAACGCGGUUGAAGUGCUAGAGCUCCGGGAAGUGCUAGAGCUCCAGAAAGUGCAAAGCCAGUCUAAUGUGAAACACAUACAACUGUAAAUUCAGCUCUUGUUCCUGGAAUAUGGGGACACAUGGGGACACAAUAUAUUGCACUGUUCUACUGUGUAAAGCUGCAGAAAUUGUGGAUUUGAUUUAAAAGCACUUAGAAUCAUAUUGACUAGUCUUCACCUGUACAUCAGCAAAAUGACCUUGAAUGGUAUCAUAUUGUUAUUAUGGUAUUAUCCAUGCAUAACAGUGCACUAUAAUAGGGUAAUUUACAAGCUGUGUUAAUUAAUUGUGCCUAUUUUAAUUUUUUCACAUAAUUCUAAAGUGCAGGAGAUGACUCAAUUGCUAUGCUAGAAAUUUAAUGAAGAUACAUCAAUCGGGGCUGAAAUUUAUGUAUGUAUUUUGUUUUUGUGUAUAUGUGCACCUUCAACACAUAAUAUAUACUUGCCUGUGGAAUGGCAUUAAAAAUAAUACAGUAUGAUACAAUUCAGAUCAAUUCAGUGCUUUCUUGAAAUGAAAUACAAUUUUACAUGUUUUUCUAUUGAAUUCUUUGUUUCUGAAACCAUGUCCAAAGCAUUUUUUUUGGACUAAAAGUCACUGUGGGCUCUCAUCAAGCAAUAAUGGACCAUGCUGGUAAGGAAAUAAUGUCUCCAUAGGGGACUGUUCAAAUGGUGGUGGCUGAAGUGGAAUCUCAAAUUCUAAAAUAAAUAAAGGGUUAGGUUUGGGGGUUUUUGUUUAUUUGUUUUUAAUAACUUAUUAAGUUUAUAGGUGAAUUUCACACUCCUUAGUGAGGGGGAUGGCAAAGUUUUAAUGCAAAGAAAUAGCAGUAAGUUGUUUCAGAAUGUCAGCCUUGAGUUUGGGGUUCUGUGCUUUUCUGUGUUGGUUAAAUUUUUAUAGACUAGAAUAAAAACUUUAUUUCUGAAUUUUCAGUAAAAUACUUAAAUAAGCCUAGCACAACAUCCAUCUAAAUGUAUUAGAGUUCAAAUGUUUGGUUAAAAAACCUGGUUGAAUUAACAUCAUAUUCCAUAGCGAUUCAUGUUUGGCCACUGAUGUUCCAUCUACCAUAGUUUUGUGGCAAAAAACCCAAACCCAGGGUGUUUUAGCUUAAUUUUCUUUUUUUUUUUUUCAGUUGUUAUGAUGACAGUUUAUUUAAUGUGGUUAGGAGACAUAGAGCCAGUCUUACAGAUGUUUCUGUGCUUUAAAACCCAAGAUUAAUGGUUCAUUCACAGUAAAUUAAACACGUAGUUAAACAUCAUCAUAAUCCAGGCUUUGGUUUUCAGAUCUUCAAUUUGAUAUAUUAUAUAAUCUAUUUUACUUUGAAGGUCUUCAUAAAUUCUCUAGUGGUACAAUACAUUUUUCAGAACACAAUUAAAACAUGGAAAAGACCAGACCCUGCUGUCUCUGGCAUUGAACAUAUCUGCACAUUUUCCCCUCAGAAAACAAAAUCCUUCUUGAUUCUUCAUUCAGUUCUUUCUGAAAUGUCAAGGGUCGCAGAUUUGGACUGAGAUAGACUUAGAAAUGGUUUAUUUUAAUACACAGUAUCUGAAGGAAAUAUAAAAGCUGUCAUCAUAAACCACAUGUUCAGAGAAUAUUUUGGAGAUUUUUUUUUCAUGUAUAUGCAUAUUUCCCUAGAUAAAUAAAAGAUGUGCAUGUGUCAGCUGGAAAGCAAGUUCCUUUAUGAGUCAAAUGUGGUCUGACGGAUUUUUUUUAAUUUGUUUUGUUUUAAUUUAUUUUUUUUUAUAUAAAGGUUGAUUUCUAUGGAUGAAUUUUCCUAUUGUUGUCAGUAGACAGAAUUGUAUGACUGUAUUGCAAGUCACUGGAAAAUGAAGGGCUAUAUUAUAAAGUCUUAUAGCCCUCAACUAAUUGUGCCUGUAUAAUUUAAUAUUUUGUCUAAUAUAAAACUGAUGUUUUUAAAGCAAAGUUUUAAAGGAAUGGUUUUUAUAGAAAGGCUAAUUUUUAGAUAAAGCAAAAGAAGACUUUUAAAUAAAGUUUGUUUUAAAGCAAAGCUUUAACUAUAGAUAAGUCCCAUUCUAACAUAUUUUUAUGAUACAAGAAUGUUUUCCUAUCUAACUUCUUCCAUCUUAUUUUUCACAGUAUUUCACAUGUGAAGAGCAUGAAUUUGUGUGUGAAUAAGUUUUAAUGCACAUUGUACUUUAAGAACACUAGUGUAUAUUUGUUUAGAGUCGAAAUACUGUUCUCCAUACUCAUUCAUUGUACAUUUGUCUUACUCCAGUGCACAACUUUUCUUUGAAAUCUUGAGUAAUAAAAAUGUGUUGAGGACUAUAAAAUGA